AUGGCCACAAUAUACCUUUGGCUGAGUCUGGUCCCGAUGAUCCUUGCCAAUAUUGUACUUGGUAAUAGUCUCACAAGAUUCGUUGGAGCAGGCCAUCUCUCAAACACCUUACGCUCCCGUGCUGCACUUCCAGUGAUGGAAAUACCAGAAGGUAGAGUGGCAAGAACAAAUGGCCAUACUCUGCAUAGUAAACGUCAGAGUUGUGGUCCUGGGAUUGGAAGCUGCCCAACAGGCUUCUGUUGCUCCGCUGAAGGGUGAGUUAGCACCCUUUCCCAUAGUUCGAUGAAGACAUCUAAAGUCAUUCUGAAAACUGCAGAGCUUGUGGUGAAGGAUCCAGCUUUUGUGCAGGUCCGGACUGCCAAUUUCUGUACGGUCCAGCAUGUGAUGCCAAUCAGAUUCCCUCUGGGAGUUCGACUUCUGGUAUUCCACGGACCAUUAUAGGAAGUAUACCAUAUGGCACGAGAAUCAAAAGCUGUAGCAGACCAAAUGUCGCUGCACUUACAUUUGAUGAUGGUCCAUAUAUCUAUACAUCGGCACUUCUCGACCUUCUUGAUCAAUACAAUGCUAAGGCGACAUUUUUCAUCAGUAAGUCAACAGACCCAUUUCAUGACAAAGAGUCUAAUUACUUCAAGCUGGGAAUAAUUUGGGAAAAGUUCCCAUAGAUAAUUGCACCACGGGCUACCCAGCCACUAUCAAAAGAAUGAAAGCCAGUGGCCAUCAAAUAGCAUCUCACACGUAAGUUGAAAGUAUUUUCCAUCAGUUCUCUAGAUCAUCCAGUUUUCCUUAACGACUCGACCUUUCUCUAUUUUGCCUAAGAUCCGCUUGGAACUUUCUUGAGGACAAACAAACUAACAAUGUAUAAAUUAGAUGGUCCCAUCAGAAUCUCAACAGCCUCUCUGCCGCCGACUUCAACAACCAGAUGAUCUACAAUGAAAUGGCUCUCCGAAAUAUUCUUGGAGUCAUUCCUACGUAUAUGAGACCGCCGUAUGUUGAUUGCAACGAUAGCUGCUUUGAUAGACUUCGAGAACUCGGAUAUCACGUAAUCUACUAUGAUCUGGAUACCUUCGACUAUGCGAACGAUUCCCCUGAUCUCAUCCAGAAUUCUAAAAACAACUGGGCAAAUUACAUCAAUCCACACCCCAAUAGUGUCCUCGAACUUAGCCAUGACAUACAUUAUCAAACGGUUUAUAACCUGACUAAGUUCAUGCUUGAUACCAUGGCAUUGGGUGGUUAUGGAACCUCAGUAACAGUAGGGACUUGCCUCAAUGAUCCUCCGGAGAAUUGGUAUAGAGCGGCAGGAUCUCCCAUCACCUACGGUCCUCCUCCUGCUUUACAAGUAAGCACUGAUGGCACAUGCGGAAAUGGAAUUACCUGUCAAGGAUCCACUUUCGGAAACUGCUGUAGCAAAUAUAAUCAUUGUGGAAGUCUUGAUGCUUGGUGUGGUGUCGGCUGUCAAACACAAUAUGGUAGUUGUGUUUUGUAA